AUGGCAACAACCUCCUUCAUGGGGAGCCCCCUGCUUGUGAAGAAGUCCAAACUGGAAGAAAGGCCUCGCAGACCUUCGCUGGCUGGGAAUGCGUCCGAACCUCUUCUUCCGAAAUCGAUGGAAGCGGGUCGCCGCCCGCGUGGAUUGCCAGCACCAGGUGCACUGCAACCUGCAUUGGCUACAUCCACGAGGCAUGCACAUGCGACAAGUGCCCCCAUGCUGGGUCCUUUACGUACGAGACCCAGGUCACUAGACACGGCCAGAUACGAUUACAAGGCUCCCCAUGGGUCACUGCCCACUUUGCACGCUGAAAUGCAGGCUUCUGGCAGCCACGUACAUGUUCACCAGCGGAAGGUGUCUCCGGCACCGACCGUGUCAGAGGAGGAGAACGAGCUAUUGAGGUAG